AAAGCCUCCGUGGGCCCCUCCGGUUCAAAAGCAGAACGCUGGCUUUAUCAGAGCAUGAACAGAAGUGACCUAACACCACAAACAAAAUGCUGCGUAUAACUUCAGCUUUUUUUCUAGCACUGCUGCACUGUUGCAAUGCAAACCAAACCAAAACCAGCCAAGUCAGUGCACCUGCAGACUGUGAGACCGUUGAGACAGACGCGGGAAUAGCUCUGGAUUUGGUGAACAGACAUCGCCAAGAUGGCUACGUGUUCGGCCUGUUCCGCGUUGCUGACGUACACAAACUACAUACAGAAAAUUCAUCAGUCCUUUAUUUAACUUUGGAUGUGCUGGAAACGGAAUGCUCCGUGUUAUCUGGAAGACCCUGGGAGACUUGUGAAUAUGGUGAUCUCUAUUCCAUGGACUUUGGGCAAUGUAAGAUUAUCGCAUAUACAAGCCGGCUGCUGAAGAAACCUAAAUUAUAUGGAUAUAACUGUACAUUAAGUCCAGUUCCUCCCGAUUUAAUAGAGUGCAAAGAUUGUCCUGUAAAAGUUGAAGUCUUAGAAGUCACUAAGCAACAUAAAGAUAUUGCUGCAAAGCUCCUGGAAAAAUUCAACCGUGAGGGUAACCACACAAACUACUUCAAAGUCAACAAAGUUGAGAAGAUAUUAAAGGCGACUGCCUCCCGUGAAGUUCACAUUUUGGGAUUCUCUAUAAAAGAGACCAACUGUUCCAGAGGAGAACAGCAACAAGCAGAUGAGCCACUGGAAUGUGAAUUUCUGGAUGACUGGCAUGCUCACACGGGAUUCUGCAAGGCAAGAACUGUUAGUGAUCCAGAUGAACUCAAUGGAAUAGAAAUAAACUGUGAACUCUAUCAUCCCUGGCAACGUUACUAUGGACAAAGAUGCAGAUCUCCAGCUCCAGGUUGGCCACACAAGCAUCCCCAUCAUCACAGACAUCGUCACAGGCAUAGAGGUCCACCGACCUUUCAGUUCAAACCUGAAGACUCUGAGCAUAACCAUGGUUUCAACAAAGAUCAUCAAGGCAGCCACAAAGCACCUCCUCCUCCCUGCCAUAAUAGACAACAUCACCACCCUCACCCUCCACACCAUGAUCAACCACCUCCUACCCAGGAGGAAACAGAGCACCCCUCUUCAAUUCCUCCUCUCUAUGACAAACAAGAUAGGCCUCUUCUUAUUCAAGAGAAAUCAGAUUUUCCCCCUUCUACUCCUCCUCCCUAUGAUGAACAACAGAGUCCUCCUCCUCCUCCACAUCACAGGCCACGCCGCCCUCCUCCUCAUGGACAUCAUUACCCACCUCCUCCUCCCUAUCAUUGGCCGUACUGCCCUCCUCCUCAUGGACAUCAUUACCCACCUCCUCCUCCCUAUCAUGGGCCGUACUGCCCUCCUCCUCAUGGACAUCAUCACCCACCUCCUCCUCCACAUCACAGGCCACGCCGCCCUCCUCCUCAUGGACAUCAUCACCCACCUCCUCCUCCCAAGGAGGAACCAAAGCACCCCUCUUCCACUCCUCCUCUCUAUGACAAACAAGAUAGGCCUCCUCUUAUUCAAGAGAAAUCAGAUUUUCCCCCUUCUACUCCUCCUCCUCCCCAUCACAGGCCACGCCGUCCUCCUCCUCAUGGACAUCAUUACCCACCUCCUCCUCCCUAUCAUUGGCCGUACUGCCCUCCUCCUCAUGGACAUCAUUACCCACCUCCUCCUCCCUAUCAUGGGCCGUACUGCCCUCCUCCUCAUGGACAUCAUUACCCACCUCCUCCUCCACAUCACAGGCCACGCCGCCCUCCUCCUCAUGGACAUCAUCACCCACCUCCUCCUCCCAAGGAGGAACCAAAGCACCCCUCUUCCACUCCUCCUCUCUAUAACAAACAAGAUAGGCCUCCUCUUAUUCAAGAGAAAUCAGAUUUUCCCCCUUCUACUCCUCCUCCCUAUGAUGAACAACAGAGUCCUCCUCCUCCUCCACAUCACAGGCCACGCCGCCCUCCUCCUCAUGGACAUCAUCACCUACCUCCUCCUCCCUAUCAUUGGCCGUACUGCCCUCCUCCUCAUGGACAUCAUUACCCACCUCCUCCUCCCUAUCAUGGGCCAUACUGCCCUCCUCCUCAUGGACAUCAUUACCCACCUCCUCCUCCCUAUCAUGGGCCGUACUGCCCUCCUCAUGGACAUCAUCACCCACCUCCUCCUCCCAAGGAGGAACCAAAGCACCCCUCUUCCACUCCUCCUCUCUAUGACAAACAAGAUAGGCCUCUCCUUAUUCAAGAGAAAUCAGAUUUUCCCCCUUCUACUCCUCCUCCCUAUGAUGAACAACAGAGUCCUCCUCCUCCUCCACAUCACAGGCCACGCCGCCCUCCUCCUCAUGGACAUUAUCACCUACCUCCUCCUCCCUAUCAUUGGCCGUACUGCCCUCCUCCUCAUGGACAUCAUUACCCACCUCCUCCUCCCUAUCAUGGGCCAUACUGCCCUCCUCCUCAUGGACAUCAUUACCCACCUCCUCCUCCCUAUCAUGGGCCGUACUGCCCUCCUCAUGGACAUCAUCACCCACCUCCUCCUCCCAAGGAGGAACCAAAGCACCCCUCUUCCACUCCUCCUCUCUAUGACAAACAAGAUAGGCCUCCUCUUAUUCAAGAGAAAUCAGAUUUUCCCCCUUCUACUCCUCCUCCUCCCCAUCACAGGCCACGCCGCCCUCCUCCUCAUGGACAUCAUUACCCACCUCCUCCUCCCUAUCAUUGGCCGUACUGCCCUCCUCCUCAUGGACAUCAUUACCCACCUCCUCCUCCCUAUCAUGGGCCGUACUGCCCUCCUCCUCAUGGACAUCAUUACCCACCUCCUCCUCCACAUCACAGGCCACGCCGCCCUCCUCCUCAUGGACAUCAUCACCCACCUCCUCCUCCCAAGGAGGAACCAAAGCACCCCUCUUCCACUCCUCCUCUCUAUAACAAACAAGAUAGGCCUCCUCUUAUUCAAGAGAAAUCAGAUUUUCCCCCUUCUACUCCUCCUCCCUAUGAUGAACAACAGAGUCCUCCUCCUCCUCCACAUCACAGGCCACGCCGCCCUCCUCCUCAUGGACAUCAUCACCUACCUCCUCCUCCCCAUCAUGGGCCGCACUGCCCUCCUCCUCAUGGACAUCAUUACCCACCUCCUCCUCCCUAUCAUGGGCCAUACUGCCCUCCUCCUCAUGGACAUCAUCAUCCACCUCCUCCUCCCCAUCAUGGGCCGCACUGUCCUCCACCCCCUCCCCCUCCAGGACUUCAUCCCUAUCUCUAUCAUCACUAUCACAGGCAUCAUUGCAACAAGACACGCACAUCUGGAAAGUACUUUCCAUUCCAAGUAGCUGGAGCUGUCUAUCGCAUUCCAGUUCUAAAUAUGCAGGAUUCUCUCACACCUCCCAGUGCAAAAUUUCCUGAGUUAUCACUUCUUGGCCCCCAUAGUGUUGGCACAGAUGAAGGUACUCCCCUCACUGACUCAAGUCUAAGGGAGAUGCCAGAAGCUCCACAGUUUCCAGAUCACCCUUCACAAUCAAAGUCGUGCCCAGGAAAACCCAAACUUGAUCUUCCAAAAAUUUUGCCUUUACUUCCACAUAAGUCCAUGGCAGAAACUGUUGAAUGACCCUAGAGAAUGAUGUUUCUCACUUGAGGGUUGCAGGGCCUAUGACCGAUGUACAAUGAAUGACAAUAGCAUAUGGUAAAGGGGGAAAAGCAUACAAUUUCCAGGGAGGAGAAGCACUGACAUUAUUGAUUAAGGCAAGUAUUCCAACUUGUUUCUUGAUCCCAGCUAUCUCAGACUCCACUAUAACUGAAACAAAGAUUCAAAAGUUUGAGUCUCUCAAAUAAUGUGAUUGGGUACAAAUCUCAAUCAGUUCAACUGGAAAGGAAAAUUCCCUAACAGUGAAAACUGCAAAUCUUCAUUUUCUCAUAGUUCUUAACUGUAAUGUACUUCUCUGAGGAACUAUGAUCACCUUCCAUUAAAAAAAAAAAAAAAAAAUCCAUGGCACUACACUACACUUCAUGAAAAUCCAAAGAAAAUAAAAUCAUGUAAUCAUUUCUUUCUUGA